AUGGCAACCAAUGGAAGCAGCCAGGCUGAUGCCCAACCGAACAGGCCCGUAAACGAAAAUAUUGCGCGGUCUUUGCGCGGCCUUCCAACAUUAGUGCGCUGGUAUAUCGAUACCCGAGAGUGGGAGGCCAAUGGCCUAGAUAUGCACCUAUUGAAUGUACUCCGCCCGGCCGAGCAAGAGGCCGUGAGAAGAUACCACCAUGCUUCAGACAAGCGCAUGUCUUUAGCAUCCUACUUACUGAAGUAUCUGUACAUUCAUCAUGCUUGUGGUGUCCCUUGGAAAAACAUUGUCUUCAGCCGCACCCCAAUGCCUGAGAAUCGACCCUACUACGAAUCGGAUUCGGAUAUCCAAGUUGACUUCAAUGUCAGUCACCAAGCAUCUAUAACUAUCCUUGCAGGAGUCAUUGUUCCAUCUCAAGAGCAGCUUGAAGGCCAACUUGUCGACGGUCUUACACCCCUGUCACCCAGGAUUGGUAUCGACAUAACGUGCGUCAACGAGCGGCGCAAGCCCUUGACGACGUUCAAAGAAUUCACCGAGUUCGUGUCCAUAUUCAGUGAGGUGUUCUCCCCUAGAGAGUUGGCAGCCAUGCAAAAUCCCAUCUCUACUCUCCGGCGAGCCCGCGAGCUUGGUCUCGCACCGACCUUUCCUUCCGAUGACGAUGCAACAAUUGUUCGGUUUGGACUCCGCCUCUUCUACUCGUAUUGGGCCCUCAAAGAAGCAUACCUCAAAAUGACCGGGGACGCCCUCCUAGCAGAAUGGGUGCGGGAGUUGGAAUUUACAAACGUCAUUCCGCCGGGCCCAGUGGAUCCGUUGGUCGCACCCAAGCCAUAUGGUCCCUCCCAGGGCCCACAUCACACACCCCAGUCACCCAAAAACUGGGGUUCACCGUACACAGAAGUUGAGGUCUCCAGAGAUGGUGAGCGGAUAGAAGAUGUACGUCUUCAGCUCCAGGCGUUCGAGUCUGACUACAUCGUCGCCACUGCUGGCCGCGGAUCCCCAGUUGGUCCCAUAUCUCCAGACUGUGAAAACGGCGAUGAACAUCACCUACUUAGCCAUCAUCGAGUGCUCGCCCCUGGAUGUGAACCCGAAGAAAGCCGCAUUCCCAUUGGCACUAAGCUGAUCGUGGGCGACUUGGAUCCGUGGAACUUCCACUCUGAUAUUGUUGAUCCGUGGCUCCCGAUGCAGGAGGUCGAUAUUGAACAUGACAUUCGGGCUUGCGCCGAGGGACGCUGUUCCCAUUGA